CGGCCACGUUUUAACCACUCACAAGCAAAACCCGAACCUAACCCCGAAAAACCUUCUUCAGGCCUCUCCGGCCGCCUCAAAGAUCUCUCUAAAAAAUAUGGCUGGUCGGCCUUUGCAGUGUACAUGGCCCUCUCCGCUCUCGAUUAUCCCAUUUGCUUCCUUGCCGUACACACCAUCGGUGCCGAGCAGAUAUCUCAUUACGAGCGGAUCUUGCUCCACCACCUCAAAGAAUGGACGGGUUUUGAAAAGGAGCCGAAGACAGAUGUGGAGGAGGAGGAUGGGGGGAGCAGUGGAGGGAGUUGGUGGACGGAGGCGGUGGUUGCUUACGGAGUGCAUAAGCUGUUGAUUGUGUUCAGGGUGCCGGCGACGGCGGCGAUUACGCCGGGGAUUGUGAAGCGGUUGAGAGGU